AUGCUCACGAACAACAACGGGGACGACGGCCCAUUGCGAAAUCAGUAUGUAGACGCCUUGUCGUCCUUGGAGUGGCAGCUGGGGAACUACUCUGCGUGGCUGAAUGGCACGGAUCCAGCAGGGCUCAACUUUACCAUGCCAAUCAAGCCACCCGCCGAGGAGCGCUUGGUCGACUUCUUCGUACCAUCUGGCAAGAUCUUAGACCCUUCGAGCAUGUCCUACUUUCCCAAUGUGACCGGCUUCAUUCGUGGGUCGUGUUCAAUGCACAACAUCACUUCUGCUGCUAUUCAGGAUUCUCCAACCAUCUCUUGGGAAACUUAUGCCCGGGAUCUGAUGACGGGCGCUAAUAUGACUGAGAUCACCAAGAGACUUGGAUCGUGGAACUGGACCGCAUCUGAGAAGGUGACGAUGAGCGUAGUUGAGAAGAUACCCGAGAGCAAGCUAGACGGCAAGGGCAAAGGGAGAAAGCCACAACCACCGUCUGAUAUCGCCAUGGUUCAUGGCAAAAUAGAAUUUGUAGAUUCCAACACUGCGGAGGAGAUGCGGUUUGACUUUGAAGGCAUACACUUCCUCCGAAACGGGUCUAUGUACGGUCUGGUAGAUCCUUCAGGUCACGCCUUAGAUAUUCGCACAAUCCCCUCCCUGGUUCCAGAAUCCAUCCGCAAUGAGACCGCGCACAUCAUCCAGCCCGAGCUUGAAUCCCGCGUCUCAAAGCUGAAGAAGCUGAUCGAUUCCGGCACCGUCGACGACACGACGUCGGACGACUCACCCAAGCCUGCGUGUCCUUUCUCUAUCUACGCGCAGCUGGAGCCGACGCACAUAUCGGAGGAUCAGAUGCGGGAGCUCGAGGAAGAGCUGCAGCAUCCGACGGGCGCGACGACGGUGCGGCGGCCCAGGUUCGUCAUGCACGGCGUACUGCUCAGUCAGCAAUGUGGGAUCAUGUACGAAGUGAAGAGCACGGAAGGCCUGCGCUCGAGAACGUUCUACCACAAGAUCACCACUUACGCUGGAUUUUCUGGCCUUGUUUAUCUUGCGCUUCUUCUCCUGUUGUCCAAGCAGAUGACCCAGAGCCAGACUCCCGCGGCACUCGCCAGGAUCUCGCGAUGGACGUUCUUUGGCCAAGCAUUGGCUGACUCGAUCUCGUUCGCAGGCCACAUCACGUUCGCCAUACUCGCUGAUGGGCGGCCGUCGCUAUCUCUCGUGGCUCCAGCGUUCCUCGCUUGCGCCUUGUUCGCGCACGAAGUGCAAUUUGCGCUGCUCAUACAUCAGGUCCAGGCUCCAGAGGAUGUCGCGCCUUCGCCUGCACCAGUUCCUCCUGCACCAACUUCAACGCCCACGAUCAGCGCGCCUCUCAACCCAUCUGAGUCCAUAGCUCCUAUCAAUACGGCCACUACGCCACCCGCACCGCCAGCGCUGCGGCGCCCGUCAUUCUUCCGCGCCGUCUGGGAUCAUCUGCGCGUCGAUUCUCAAGUGCGGACGUGGGUCGUGAUGUUCUUAUUACUCACCUUCGUAGUGCGCAUCAUCUUGGCGCCUUCACUGGCCUUGAUGUUCUUCGCAGCGCUCUACUCAUCGUUCUGGGUGCCUCAGAUCGUGCGUGCUGCACAGCGUGGCCGCACGUGUGCCCUCGAUCGGACAUAUCUCGUCGGCACGACUAUCGGGAGAUUGUUGGUUGCUAUGUAUUUUAUGUCGUGUCCGAAGAAUGUGCUCGAUGUCACUCCUCGACCAUGGAUGUACUUGCUUGCGAUCUUCAUGUUCGCACAGGUCCUCGUUUUGAUCCUGCAGGAUGCCCUUGGCCCGUCCUUCUUCCUCCCACAGCGCUAUUCGCGCGUCCAGACGUACGACUACCACCCGCCGCUGCCGGCUCCGGACUCAGAAGCGCCGGAGAACAGCCUCGGGGACUGUGCGAUCUGCAUGGACGCCAUACGGCUGGAGCGGCCGUCGCUCGACGGCAACGAGAAGGAACGGGGUCGUGGCGGGUUCUUCGGCGCUGUGGGCGUCGGCGUCAGCGUGGUGGGUGGAUCCGGGAACAGGAAGAAUUACAGUCUGGCGCCGUGCCAUCAUCUAUUCCAUACUGAGUGUCUUGAACGGUGGCUUGCCAUCAAGAACAUUUGUCCGCAGUGCCGGCGACCUUUACCCCCUCUUUAG